CCCCAUGUACAUGCUCAACACACCCAAUUAACAAGUCUCUCACAAUCACCAUCCACCGAGAAAACAAAAAUGUUCGGAACAGUUUCAGAAGAGAUGGAAGUGCAAGUUCCAGCCAGUGAGGCAUGGAAACUCUACAGCACACACAGUCUGAUAAAGUUCGUUGAAGAAAAGCUGUCUAAUGUCAUUCACAAGAUUGAGAUUUUAGAAGGUGAUGGAGGUGCUGGCUCAAUUCUCAAAGUAUCACUUCCGCCAGGGUCCGGGGGUUUUGCUUCUUACAAGGAGAAGCUUACAAAGUGUGAUGAUGAGAAGCGAUUGAAAGAAGCAGAGGUGAUUGAAGGUGCUUUUCUGGAUGUUGGAUUCACUCUGUAUAGGGUUCGGUUUGAAGUGAUAGAGAAAAGUGAGAGUUCGUGCAUAACAAAGUACACAAUUGAGUAUGAAGUCAAGGAAGAGGCUGCUGCUAAUGCUUCAAUGGUUAGUGUUCAGCCACUGGUGACGAUUAUGGGAGUCGCAGCCGAUCAUCUCAUCAAAAACAAAAAAUAAAUUGGGAUAUUUAUGCAUCCACUUUCACCUUUGUCAACUACUUAUAUCAAAUAAAUUUCAAUGCAGCUAGCUUGUUUCCUUUUUAUUUUCCAAUAAAUUAAACAUUUUCCUUUUCCAUAAAUAUCCUAGCUUCUUUGUUAAGAAAGAUUAAAGCUUAUUUUGUUCAAAUUUCAAAUGUAGCUUGCUUGGGAUUAAAGCUUUUUAAGUGUGUAGCUUUUAAUAUUUUUUAUUAUUAUAAUGUUAGGGAAUCAA